AUGUAAAUAAGAUAAAAAAGAAUUAUGAAAAAUCAUGGUUUUAGACUUUUGAGCAUUAAUGAUAAUUAUUUUGGAAAUUUAUUUUUAUUAUUAAUUUUUCAAGGAAGAUAACGUUUAGAACUGGCCAAUUUGGAUACGAAUUAAUUAUGUAAUAAUUAAUGGAAUCUAAAUCUAUUAUACUACACAUAAAUGAUUAAUAGAUAUCGAAAAAGUACUUCGAGAGUAUUUAAUGAAUACUGUUUGUAUUAAUUGGAGAGAUAGAUGUUAAUAGUAUUCCACUUAAUUUAAAGUUACUCUUUGAAAAUUUUCAUCAAAGAUCGGAUGGACAAGGAAGAGGAUAUCAUUUCUUUUAAUGGAUGGACUAGCUAAUUACAUUAAUUUUAUAUGAAAUUUAUGAUUGAGAUCAUGUUUAUAAUUAUAAUAUUUCAAAUUAAAAUUAGACUUAAGAAUAUCACAAGAUUUAAAUUAGAUUAUAAUAAUAUUAGAAAAUUAUUAUGA